AUGGAACAGCCAGCACAACAACACCAUCAACAACCGUUUCCGCUUCAGCAUCAGGUACAACAACAACAACAACAACAACAACAACAGCCUCGACAAUCAAAAACUAGACAGGUAUCAUUUAAUGUGUCAGCACAUUAUCAGAUUAUAGAAGUAGUGGGUGAAGGUGCAUACGGGAUUGUGUGUAGUGCCAUCCACCGUCCUACUCAACAAAGAGUGGCCAUCAAAAAGAUAGAACCAUUUGAAAGGCUGAUGCUUUGUCUUAGAACGUUACGGGAAUUAACACUUUUGAAGCAUUUUAACCAUGAGAAUAUCAUCAGUAUUUUAGCUAUUCAACGACCAGCAUCUUUUGAAACGUUUAAUGAGAUUUAUUUGAUUCAAGAGUUGAUGGAAACAGAUUUACAUCGUGUCAUUCGUACCCAAAGACUUAGUGACGAUCAUAUCCAGUACUUCACAUACCAGACUUUAAGAGCAUUAAAGGCAUUACAUCUGGCUAAUGUCUUGCAUCGAGAUUUAAAACCUCUGAACCUUUUACUUAACUCUAAUUGUGAUUUGAAGGUUUGUGAUUUUGGGUUAGCCAGAUCCAUAGCUUCUAGUGAAGAUAAUUUUGGAUUUAUGACGGAAUAUGUGGCUACUAGGUGGUAUAGAGCACCAGAGAUUAUGUUAACGUUUCAAGAAUACACUACAGCAAUUGAUGUAUGGUCUGUGGGCUGUAUUUUAGCAGAAAUGUUAAGUGGAAGGCCAUUAUUCCCUGGAAAUGAUUACCAUAACCAAUUAUGGUUAAUUAUUGAAGUAUUGGGUACUCCUAAUACCGAAGAUUACUAUAACAUCAAGCUGAAGAGAGCACGAGAAUAUAUUAGACUGUUACAAUUCUGCAGGCGGAUACCCUUUGAUCAAUUAUUUUCUCAGAAUGGAACCAAACCACUAGAUAUCAAUCCCUUGGCUUUGGAUUUGUUGGAGAAGUUAUUAAUCUUCAAUCCCACCAAACGAAUCACUGUUGAAGAUGCAUUAUGCCAUCCUUAUUUGAAAUUGUACCAUGAUCCAAAUGAUGAACCAGUAAGUGAUAAAAUUCCUGAAGAGUUUUUCGAUUUCGAUCGUAAGAAAGACGAUUUGACCGUAGAAGAGUUAAAGAAGAUGCUUUAUGAAGAAAUCUUAAAGCCUUUAUAA